AUGGCCAUGGUAAAAGAAAUCAUGGGACAACGUUUGGUGGACGCAUUUUAUUUUGACGCUUCACGAUUUUCUUCACAAUCUAAACGUUGUGGCAUUCAGAGGCACAAGACAGUUUCUUUGCUCCCCAAUUUUUCUGAGCUGAAGAUGGUAAUACUGCAACAAUCUAGCCCACUAUCACCCUUUAUAAACGACGAGUCGUCGAAGAAAGACUUUACUCUGAGUCCGAUGAGUUUGACCAUAACGGGAACUGUAACUAUCAAGUAUAGUAAGAGUAACGAGGAAAUGAUAGCCGUUAUGUUUCAACAGUUUGAUACUUUCAACAAUGCCCUUCGUGAAAGAGGGUUGAUCAUGCAGCUAGUUAGCACUGAAAUUGACCCCAGAACGAUGGAGCCUAAGCUAAGCCAUCCAGUUGCGUUGGACUGGUUGAAAGACCUCAGGAUUGGGGCUGAGAGGUCGACAUACAAAGUAGAAUUUGAGAUAGAUUCAAGUUUUGGGUUCCCAGGAGCUGUUACCGUGAUAAACAAACACGACAAAGAGAUAUUUUUGGAAGGCUUUUCCAUUGAAGGUGUUGUGGAAAUUUCAUGCAAUUCUUGGGUUCAACCUGAGAAGGUUCAUCCAGAGAAGAGAAUUUUCUUCAGCAACGAGGCAUGUUUACCUUGUCAUACACCAGCGGGUCUGAAAGAACUAAGGAAAAAAGAACUAAUGGAGCUUAGAGGUAAUGGAAAAGGAGUAAGAAGGGGAAGUGAUAGAAUAUAUGAUUAUGAUGUGUACAAUGAUUUGGGAAAUCCAGAUAAAGGAAGGGAACACGUGAGGCCUAUAUUAGGGACCAAACAGUAUCCAAGUCCUAGACGUUGCCGAACUGGUCGUGCUCCUGCAUCAACUGACAAGAAAUAUGAGUCCCCUGUGAAUGCAUUCAUGGGAACUUAUGUUCCAAGAGAUGAAAUCUUCGAAGGUGCAAGAAAGGAAGCUUUCGACGUGGAAAGGUUAAAAGGGGUAACUCGGAAUUUGAUUCCCUACAUAAGAACUUGUGUUACCAAGUGUGGAGCUUUUAAGCAGCUUUCGGAUGUUGAAAAUAUCUACAAGAAAAAGCACGUUGAUGAAAUGAAACCCGAAAAUGCAACCACAACAAAAUCGUCUCAACCAAUGGAUGUGAGCAAGAUCCAUAAUGCAUUGGAAGAAUAUUUCAAAUUUAGUAUUCCACACAUCAUGGGUGGAAGUAAUUUUGCCAUACGAGACGAGGAACUUGGGCGUCAGGCAUUGGCUGGUAUCAACCCUUUAAGCAUAAAAAGACUUGAGACAUUUCCACCAGUGAGUGAUUUGGAUCCCUCGAUAUAUGGUGCACAAGAGUCUGCUCUCAAAGAAGAGCACAUAAUAAGCCAUUUGGACGGAAUGUCCGUACAACAGGCAAUAGCAGAAAAGAAGCUAUUCAUAUUGGAUUAUCAUGACGCUUAUCUCCCAUUUCUCAAUGGCAUCAAUGCUUACGAAGACCGGAAAGCUUAUGCAACCCGUACUAUCUUGUACUUAACACCACUAGGUACUUUGAAGCCCAUUGCCAUCGAGCUAAGUCUUUCACAUGGAGAACCAUCCAAACAGGUUCUUACCCCUCCAUUGGAUGCCACGUCUUAUUGGUUGUGGCAACUUGCCAAAGCAAACGUUUCUUCCAACGAUGCCGGGGUUCACCAGCUUGUCCAUCAUUGGCUGAGGACCCAUGCAUGCAUGGAGCCAUUCAUCAUAGCAGCUCAUCGCCAACUGAGUGUCAUGCAUCCUGUUUUCAAACUUUUGAAGCCUCAUUUGAAGCACACAUUGCAAAUAAAUGCUUUGGCUCGUGAGGCUCUCAUCAACGAAGGAGGCAUCAUUGAAUCUGAUUUUUCUCCCGCCAAAUACAGUACUGAGAUUGUCUCAGCUGCCUAUAGAGAUUGGUGGCGUUUUGACAUGGAAGCACUUCCUGCUGACCUUAUUAGAAGGGGAUUGGCAGAACCUGACCCAACACAACCACAUGGGCUAAAACUACUAAUUGAAGAUUAUCCUUAUGCAAAUGACGGGCUUCUUAUAUGGUUUGCUUUGGAGAAAUUGGUUAGGACUUAUGUGAACUACUACUAUCGUGAUGAAAUCAUGAUAUGUUCAGACAAUGAGCUCCAAACAUGGUACAGGGAGGCCAUAAAUGUAGGUCAUGCUAAUCAUGCAAAUGCAAGUUGGUGGCCAACACUCUCCUCUUCAAGUGACCUUACUUCAGUACUCACUACACUAAUAUGGGUUGCUUCAGUUCAACAUUCAGCAGUGAAUUUUGGACAAUACCCUUUAGGUGGGUAUGUCCCAAUGCGCUCUCCACAUAUGAGGAAGUUGUUACCCAAGGAAGAGGAUCCUGAGUACAAAGAAUUUUUUAAAGACCCAGAAGGGUACUUCUUGUCUUGCUUACCAAAUUUGUUUCAAACUACUAAGUUUCUUGCAGUAAUUAACAUACUCUCUCAGCAUUCACCGGAUGAAGAAUACCUAGGGCAGAGGAAGGACUUGUCCAAUUGGGCUACUGACCCUGAAAUCGCACAAGCAUUUUACAGGUUUUCCAUAGAUCUAAAGAGAAUAGAAAAGGAGAUUGAGAAGAGAAACAAAAAUUCAAAACUAAGAAAUAGGUGUGGUGCUGGAAUUCCACCAUAUGAGUUGCUUAUAGCUAGCUCUGGUCCUGGAAUUACUUGUAAAGGGGUACCCAAUAGCAUAAGUAUAUAG